GCAGAAAGGAAAGUACGAAAGCAAUUGCUCGGGCUUUCACAUCUAGAGAGCCACGCUGCAAGGUAAAGCUCAAGUCUUCUGGCGCUCAUGAAUAUGUGAAGAGGUUCACAGUAUCUUUAAAAAUACUACUGAACAGAUAAAAAGAAAUUUAAAAGCCCCUGGAUCCCAGGUGGGCGUGUAUACUGUCUGAGCUGCCCUAGGAGUUUUCCCCUGGAUAGUCUGAUCUGGAGCUGGGGAAGGAAGAGCAGCUGGCAAGAUGAUGGAAGAAAUCUCCAUUAUGGUAGCCUAUGACGCCCAUGUUUUCAGCCAGCUGCAUGAUGAAGACUUCCUCACUAGCCUGGUGGCCAUCAGCAAGCCCAGGUCCAUGGUACCAACCAAAAAGCUGAAGAAAUAUGAAAAAGAGUAUCAGGCAAUGCGGGAGAAUCAGCUACAACAGGAAGACCCAAUGGAUAGAUACAAGAGGGAGAACCGAAGAUUACAGGAAGCCAGCAUGAGGUUGGAACAAGAAAAUGACGACCUUGCCCAUGAACUAGUGACAAGCAAAAUUGCUCUGCGGAAUGACUUGGAUCAGGCAGAGGACAAGGCAGACGUGCUGAAUAAGGAGCUCCUCUUGACCAAGCAGAGGUUGGUGGAGACUGAGGAAGAGAAGAGGAAGCAGGAGGAGGAGACUGCCCAGCUAAAAGAAGUCUUCAGGAAGCAGCUAGAAAAGGCAGAAUAUGAGAUAAAGAAGACUACAGCUAUCAUUGCUGAGUAUAAACAGAUAUGUUCUCAGUUAAGUACCAGGCUGGAAAAACAGCAAGCAGCCAGCAAGGAGGAGCUAGAAGCAGUAAAGGGUAAGAUGAUGGCAUGUAAACACUGCAGUGACAUUUUCAGCAAGGAAGAAGCGUUAAAACCAGCCUCUGUAAGUGGAGAGGACCAGGGAAUUGAAGCCGAUGAUGAGAAGGACUCGCUGAAGAAGCAGCUGAGGGAGAUGGAGCUGGAACUGGCGCAGACUAAGCUGCAACUGGUGGAAGCCAAGUGCAAAAUUCAGGAACUAGAGCAUCAGAGAGGAGCGCUUAUGAAUGAAAUACAAGCUGCAAAAAACUCUUGGUUUAGCAAAACUCUGAACUCUAUCAAAACAGCCACAGGCACCCAGCCCCUACAGCCACCACAGGCUCCUCAGCCACCCAAGGAGAGCACAUAGCUCCAGCCUCAGCCUAGCACAAGAGCACAAUGAUCAAAACAACAGAAACCAAGAAUUCUUCCUGUUGUCCCUUUGAAAGAAAGUAAAGGAGACCAGAAAGCAAGUUAGAAUCUGUAGUAGCUCUGUCUUUCGUGUAUGACAUUUUUCAAAGGGAUGAUAUUUAACCUGACCCGAUUUAUGUUGAAUAUCUAUUUCUCAGCUUCUUCAUGGAAAGCCACAUUUACAUCCGUCAUAGUAUUACACAUUGUUUUAUAUGCCUGGAAUUUAGUUGGAAAUAAGUAAUCUAGAACUAAAUGCUUUUGUUUAGAAUUAAUUAUUCAUAAUUUUUUAAAUCUCACAUAAAAAUGGAGACAUGUUAUUCCAAGGUUAAAAUGGUAAGAUCUUUGUCACAGAAUUCUGUUUUUCAAGGGAAACCUAACUUCUCUAACGUUCCAGGAUUAUUCAGAUAAAGCACAGUGUGGGACUGUACAUGACCACUGAUAGUGACUUCCAGAGUAGUGCUACUCUGAAAAGAACAGACCAAGGGUUGGCUUGAAAGUUGCCCCAAAUUAUUUUGAGUUGGCUACCUUUGGAAAUGGAGUGCCAAGCUGGAGUAAAUGGGCUACUGCACUCUAGGUAAAUAGAGACUCAGUAAAUGUGCAAUACAGUCAUUUGGCUCUGGCAUUCUAGCAGGCCCUUUUAAGGACUCCACAUGGGGCUCAUUCUCCUGAUGUGCCUUUGUAUGAACAUAGAGGUGACUUGUGGCAAAUAUAUCCUCAAAGAUGGAUACUGUAAGUUGCAGACUUAGGGACCCUUCAUUGGAGAAGUCUAAAAAAGGUCCAUGUUAGUCAUUGUACUUCAGUGGAAUAGUACUGAGCCAUUGGAUGCUGACAAACUCGUUAAGGCAAACACUGAUAUUCUGUACUUUACUAAAGGCUGGGAUAUUGCCAAGAAGUUAAAGGGAGCUUCCUAGCACGUUAGUGUUAGGCAACUUUUCUAACUUCUCCCUAAUAACCCUAAAAUAAUGUGCCCUGCACACCUAGGAAUAAAGAAAAAUAAGUGCAUUUUUCACAUUUUUGAUUGACUAAAUCUUUAUAGAAAUACUUAACUCAUGGAAAGAUAAGGUUACUGUUAAAAAAAUUGGUGCAGAUAUUUUUUCAAUUAUAUAUAACAUGCCUGUAUAAAUAGCCCUUACAAGAAAUUCUUUGGUAAGAACAAACUAAUUUUUCUGUUUUCUAAGCUAUUAUGGAGGUCUCUGGUCCCUUUACAACAAGCAAAAUACUGUAGGUCAUGUACAGUAACAUUUAUUCAUAUUCAUCUUUGGCUUCAUUGUUAAGCACUGUUUUCAAAGUAUCUCAAACUGUGUAGUACCAGAGCGGUUCUCCUCUGUGCCAUAUGUUGUAACUGUAAUACACACUCGAGAGGUAAGCCUCAGAUGGAGCCCCACCACCACCACCUUCAAGUUGCUCGUGAUAGACCCUUUCUUCUAAAAUAAUUUUUGAGUUCUAGUAAGUAAAAUUUCAUUAAUAUCUAAAUGUCUCUGUCACCAACAGGCCAUGAAACUGAUAUGGUUGAUAUGUUACACUUAUUAAACAAUAACUCCCUUAUAGAAAUUUCUGUUUUAGUUCUGGUGUCUUUCAUCAGAAGAUUGAUUUCUUUUUACCAAAAGGCAAUAACCCAGCACUCCAGAUGUGUCUGUUGACAUAACAUUCCCUACAUUAGUGGUUUAAAUAAGCUAUUUUUUUUCUAUAAAAUCUAAUGGCUAGAACAUUACAUCAUUUCUAUCAGUCAUUUAGUGCAGUCAGUUAGCUUUAUUGGUACUGUGCACUUUGACUCCAGAAAGCCCUGGAACAGUCGCUUUUUCAAAUGGCCAGCUAAAUUCAGAUGAACCUUUGUGAACCUCUUAUUCCGUCCACAGCUCUUCUAACCUCUGAAAAUAAAUACAUUCCACAGAAUACCUAAGUUGCAUAAUUUUCAUAAAUGGUAAAUAAGGGAGACAGAAUGGCUCUAGAGCAAGAAUCUUUUCCGGUUCAUGGCCCCUUUUCUUUUUCUGUUUAAACAAAAUCACCAGGAGCAUAUAAUUUAAGAGUUAAAUAUAUCUUUGAGUUUUCAUCUAGCUCUUACAAAAGAUAUAAUGGCAAUACAUAAUCUUUUUUGUUCUCCAGUACCAUGUGAUACUUGGGCAGGCAAAUUGGUAUUUUGUUAUUAUGUUUAAACUGCCCUGCAUUAUAGCAUCUUUGCAUUAGUAGCAGCAGUAAAGAUUGAAAGAAAAUUCAAAAGGUAAUAUGUGAUUUCUUAUUCAUUAUUUCACCAGAGCAUAACCCCAAACUAUACAUUCCUUACUAUUGCUUGAGAACUCCAGAAUACCAACAUAAAGUUCAUCAUAAUUUCACUUACUAUUUUAUAUAUUUGACAAUUGCAACUUUUUUUUCCUUGAGACAGGUUCCAGUUAUGUAGUCUAAGCUAGUCUUGAACUUAGAACCUUCCCACUUCAGCCUUCCAAAUGCUGAGAUUAUAGGUAGGUACCAUAACAGCCAAAAUUAGUCUCUUGAAUGCCUUAUAGAAAAAAAUAAACCAGCCAAUUGGUUUAUUCAAGAAAUUUUCAAACAUGGUACUUUCUUUCAUCCUUUCCUAAUAUUUACAUUAUCAUGAGCAUCCUAAAAGUGCUAAUAUUUGCAGCAUCUGGGAAUGAUCAUUUCUCUUCUCAUUGUGUUCUACAGAAUACAGUGAAGAUUCAACUCAUUCAUUGCCUUUUAUAACUUGAUAGUUGCAGUAUAUUCUCAAAGCUGAAAGACACCAUGCUGAAUUUUGGAGUGCCUAUGUUUAGUACACAUCCUGAGCCAAGUCACAUUUUGGUUAUUUUUAGUACAUGUAAUUUAAUGUAAAGAAAUUCUUGGUUCACUACACUUCAGUAUAUGAGAUCCUAUCAGAAACAGUAAUGGAAAUGCCACAUAGGCCUACAGCCUAUUUUUUUCAUACAGUGUCUAUCAUCCUCUCACCAUCUAUUGAAUUAGUAAUUUCUUUUUCUUUGGCUUUCUUGAAUUUAUCUAAUAAUGUUGAAAAGACCCCUUUUGUACUGCUGAUGAGAUUUCAAUUUUUAUUUCAUUUGUUUUUUAAAAUGUUCACUUUUUCCUAUAGUAUAUACUUAUUUUUCUCCAACCCCUACUCCAUUUCAACUAUUUUCCAGUUAGUAACUAGUGGUUUCAUUUCUUAUCUAAAGUAAGAACACUGAAACAAUAUACAGGUGAGAGUGAACAGCAGAUAAAACUUUAGACCUUUAGUCUGUUAGAUCAAGAAUCAGUUUUGGUUGUGGUGAUACACAUGCACAAUCCCUGCACUCAGGAGGCUGAGGUACAAGCAUGCCUGUGAGGUCAAGGCAAGCAUGGGCUACACAGUGAAUUCCAAGCUAAUCAAGCCCUGUUUCAAAAAAAAGAGAAAUCAAAUGUGUAGCUAAUAUCAAGACUUAGCUUUCUUGUGCUUUCAAUGAAAUCAAGUCUGCUAAUGAAUUCACCAAACCAGUGCAUCCAACAUUAAGGUGGUUUCUGUAUUUUAAGUGGACAGAAAGAACAUUUAAAAAAGACUUAGUUUUUAUCUUCUAAGAAAAACUUAGAAAAUGAUUGUAUUACAUAACUUAUUCUUUAUAAUACUCUACAGUAGAUGAUUCUCUUGCUUUAAUAUCUAGCAAAUGAGAUAAUGAACAGUUUCGUUGUAUGGUUUGAAUAGUUAGGGAUGCGUCUGCGUGUGUGCACUGUGUGUGUGUGUUGAAAUUUUAUAGGGUAUCCCUGUUUCUUUUGUUUAUCUAGAUACCAUGCAACCAAAUACACAUUAGAUUUCAAGAAAUAGCGAUCAAAACUGGAAGCCCAGACAGCAGCUGUGUGGCCUGCUUCCAAUGAUCAAGCAUAAAAUUCUGUCUAGUCUUUGUGCUGAGGGCCACACUGAGCAUUCUUUCUUUCUUAUGGUGGUUUAUAUGUAAUACAUGCAAGGCACUUUAUGUUACCUAUUUCCUUAACUUUCAAAUUCUGCAAACAUGAGGAUCCCCAUAUGGACUAUACCUCAACAAGUGAUCCUGAUCUCAAAUUGUAAGAAAAGUAGAUGUUUAUGGAAUUUAAGUGACUAGUCAGCUGUCCUGUGUAUUAUUCUCAAUUUCCUCUUAAAACAGACAAAAACUUACGUCUUGAGCUUACCUCCAAUAAAACAUGCUACCUGCUAUAAAACUGUCUCCAUCAAUGUAUUUCCCUCAUUCUGCCCUCAUGUCUGGUUUAUCAUUAACUGUAUUUGAAAAGUUUAAGAAAAAUGAAUCAUUGAGAAGAAAAUGACUUACUUUUUAUUGGCAACUGAUUAACAUAAGAUUAUUUUCACUAAACUACAACUUUGAAUAACUAUAUUACAUAUGGAGAGAUAUAUUAAAAACUGGUUUUUGAGAAUAUAAAUGCAUCAAAAGACUAAUGUCAUAAAAUCACAAGAAUAAAGCUGGAGAUGAUCCCAGAAUCCAAGAUGUCCCAAUGGCCUUCUAUAUUAAUUUUGCUGUUCUUGACAUUUUGCAUAAUUCAUGGAUUCUUAGUUCAAAUUAGGAGAAAGAUUUUUGUCAGCCGUAUUCUUUUCUUUCCAACUCCUGCUUAUGCCUUACUGAGGACAUAGUACAAACCUUAUGCUGUCUGUUUUUAUGAGACAUGGUUUUCCCCAGCAUCUACAAUGAAAACAGGUUAGGAUAAAGGAGUUGAUUAGUCUGGAAGUGCUAAUUGACUAUAAAAGCAACAUUAGCCAUCAGUCUCUUCCUCUAUAAACAUUGACCAGUUAGUUGUUUCCAUAAUGCCAUGUAUUAUGUAUAGUAACUCUAUUAAUGUAAAUGUGAUGCUUGUUAAGAAAGUGCAAUUUAUUGUACAUUGUCUCAAUAAAUGUUUACUUUUAUAAUCGUUAUGAACUUGAAUUGGAUUGGUAUCUUGUGUAGAUGUGUGAAUGAAACCUUGUGAAAAACAAAUGUGACCAAGAAGGUAACAAGGUGGCUGUUUUUGUGAGCCAGUGAUGUUUUCAAUGCUUCGUGUUGCCCCUUUGGUCCCACUAAACAGUAAUAAACAUCUGUUUUAAAGUC